AUGGCUUCCCUUGCUCGCUCAGCCUCGCAAUCUCUUCGCGCCUCUGCUCGUCGUGCCCCUCGCUCUCUGGCCAAGUCUGCGGUGCGGCCCACACAAGCUGCGUCUUACUCCCUUUUUGCUCGGGCAGCUGCAGCCAAGGUUGCACAAACCUCAACCGCCAAGGGCGUGCGUGGCGUCAAGACUCUCGACUUUGCUGGCACCAAGGAGGUCGUCUAUGAGCGUAGCGACUGGCCCCUAGCCAAACUCCAGGACUACUUCAAGAACGACACUCUUGCCCUCAUUGGAUAUGGCUCGCAAGGUCACGGACAAGGUUUGAACGCUCGUGAUAACGGUCUUAACGUCAUCGUCGGUGUUCGCAAGGACGGCGAGAGCUGGAGACAGGCAUUGGAGGACGGCUGGGAAAGUUUUUCUCCAGUGCCCGGAGAGACCCUCUUCCCCAUCGAGGAGGCUAUCAACAAGGGUACCAUCAUCAUGAACCUUCUGUCAGAUGCUGCCCAGUCACAAACAUGGCCUCAGCUGGCACCUCUCAUCACCAAGGGCAAAACUCUUUACUUUUCGCACGGCUUCUCCGUUGUCUACAAGGACGACACACAUGUCAUCCCUCCCAAGGAUGUGGACGUUAUCCUCGUAGCCCCCAAGGGUUCCGGACGCACCGUCCGAACCCUUUUUAAGGAAGGUCGUGGCAUCAACUCUAGCAUUGCCGUGUGGCAGGACGUCACCGGCAAAGCGAAAGAGAAAGCCAUCGCUCUUGGUGUUGGUAUUGGCUCUGGAUACAUGUAUGAAACCACCUUUGAGAAAGAGGUUUACUCUGACCUUUACGGUGAACGUGGAGUUCUUAUGGGAGGCAUUCAGGGUCUGUUCUUGGCACAGUACCAGGUCUUGCGCAAGAACGGUCACUCGCCAUCAGAAGCCUUCAACGAGACUGUCGAGGAGGCAACACAGUCUCUUUACCCUUUGAUUGGCCAGAAAGGCAUGGACUACAUGUACAACGCCUGCUCGACCACCGCCCGCCGUGGAGCUCUUGAUUGGGCUCCCAUCUUUGAAAAAGCCAACGUCCCCGUCUUCGAAGCUCUCUACGAGAGCGUACGAAAUGGAACUGAGACUCGCAAAUCGUUGGAGUUCAACGGGCGCGCCACAUAUCGUGAGGAUCUGGCCAAGGAGCUCGCUGUCAUCGACAAUCAAGAAAUCUGGCGUGCUGGCAAGACUGUGCGGUCAUUGCGUCCCGAUUACAAGCCCGAGUCAGAGUAAGAACUGCUUUGUGGAAAGAUGGAAAGGGAGGAUGAAAAGUAUCCUUGGCCCCGGGUACACUACGCUUACUAUCUCAUGACCAUUUUUUUGUAAUUUAUAUUGAUACCAAUCAUUUCGCACAUG